CCUGGAGCUGCUGCUGCUGCUGCUUUUGCUUUUGGGGCUGAGUUUAAUAAGCGAGCGAGCAAGCGAGCACGGGGGGAAAAAGGCAGAGAAUGUCCGCCAUCUACCCUCCGCUCCUAGGCGCGCUCUCAUUCAUAGCAGCCUCUUCAUGAAUUACAGCUGAGAGGGGGCGGGGGAGGGGGGGACCACACAGCACCCCAGCAAACCUCCGGGCCCCCAGGCAUGGCUAGCUCGUGUGCCGUGCAGGUGAAGCUGGAGCUGGGGCACCGCGCCCAGGUGAGGAAGAAACCCACCGUGGAGGGCUUCACCCACGACUGGAUGGUGUUCGUGCGCGGCCCGGAGCACAGUAACAUACAGCACUUUGUGGAGAAAGUCGUCUUCCACUUGCACGAAAGCUUUCCUAGGCCAAAAAGAGUGUGCAAAGAUCCACCUUACAAAGUAGAAGAAUCUGGGUAUGCUGGUUUCAUUUUGCCAAUUGAAGUUUAUUUUAAAAACAAGGAAGAACCUAAGAAAGUCCGAUUUGAUUAUGACUUAUUCCUGCAUCUUGAAGGCCAUAACUCCGUGAUUCUAAUGAUUUUAAGAAAACAACUUGCUUCGUUCAAUUCCUUGAUAAUGGUCGCCCUCUCUGUGUUUCUCACAUACACUCUUCCCACCUGUUCCAUUGUGGUAGUUGGUUUAUAUAGAAUCAGUUUAAGAACAGUUUUGAUCACUUCAUGCAGAGCGCACUCAAGAAAGUUGGCUGCUGACUCUGCCCUGAUGUUUAGCUUUGAGUUUCAUUUCUCUCCUGUCUUCCUGCAGGACCCUAACAGGAGUGUUCACACCAGCAGCAGCAGCAGCAGCAGCAGUAGCAGCAGCAGUAGCAGCAGUAGCAGCAGCAGCAGCAGCAGCAGCAGCAGCAGCAGCAGUAGCAGCAGCAGCAGCAGCAGCAGUAGUACCAGUUUUUCAAAGCCUCACAAAUUAAUGAAGGAGCACAAGGAAAAACCUUCUAAAGACUCCAGAGAACAUAAAAGUGCCUUCAAAGAACCUUCCAGGGAUCACAACAAAUCUUCCAAAGAAUCCUCUAAGAAACCCAAAGAAAAUAAACCACUGAAAGAAGAAAAAAUAGUUCCUAAGAUGGCCUUCAAGGAACCUAAACCUAUGUCAAAAGAGCCAAAAGCGGACAGUAGCUUACUCACCGUCACCAGUGGACAGCAAGAUAAGAAGGCUCCUAGUAAAAGGCCCCCCGUUUCAGAUUCUGAAGAACUCUCAGCCAAAAAAAGGAAAAAGAGUAGCUCAGAGGCUUUAUUUAAAAGUUUUUCUAGCGCGCCACCACUGAUACUCACUUGUUCUGCUGACAAAAAACAGAUAAAAGAUAAAUCUCAUGUCAAGAUGGGAAAGGUCAAAGUUGAAAGUGAGACAUCAGAGAAGAAGAAAUCAACUUUACCACCCUUUGAUGAUAUUGUGGAUCCCAAUGAUUCAGACGUGGAGGAGAAUAUGUCCUCUAAAUCUGAUUCCGAACAGCCCAGUCCUGCCAGUUCCAGUUCCAGCUCCAGCUCUAGCUUCACACCGUCCCAGACCAGGCAACAAGGUCCUUUAAGGUCUAUAAUGAAAGAUCUGCAUUCUGAUGACAAUGAGGAGGAGUCAGAUGAGGCAGAGGAUAAUGACAAUGACUCUGAAAUGGAGAGACCUGUAAAUAGAGGGGGCAGUCGAAGUCGCAGAGUUAGCUUAAGUGAUGGCAGUGAUAGUGAAAGCAGUUCUGCUUCUUCACCUCUACAUCAUGAACCUCCACCGCCCUUAUUAAAAACCAACAACAACCAGAUUCUUGAAGUGAAAAGUCCAAUAAAGCAAAGCAAAUCAGAUAAGCAAAUAAAGAAUGGUGAAUGUGACAAGGCAUACCUAGAUGAACUGGUAGAGCUUCACAGAAGGUUAAUGACGCUGAGGGAAAGACACAUUCUGCAACAGAUUGUGAACCUUAUAGAAGAAACUGGACACUUUCAUAUCACAAACACAACAUUUGAUUUUGACCUUUGCUCACUGGACAAAACCACAGUCCGUAAACUACAGAGUUACCUGGAAACAUCUGGAACAUCCUGAGGAUACAACUGGAUGCAUCAAAAACUAUUGGGAUUUUUUUUUUUUUUUUUUUUUUUUGGUUGUGAGUUUUUUUGUUUGUUCGUUUGUUUAUAUGAAAACACUCAGAAUGAUGCAACCAAAAGGGAAAAAAUAAAAAUCAAACAACCUUCAGCUUUAUUUUUCUUUAAAGCCAGUCAUCAUCUCUUGAUAAAGGAGAGGUUAGGCAAACCAGCCUCAGCGGACCACUCUUCUCUCCAAGGAAAUCCCCGGGAAGAGUUAGCCUGGAUAGCCUUGAAAACAAACCAAUCAAACACAAAACAAGAAAACUUAAAGAAUGUGUAUGGUAUCAUGUCUCUCUCUGUGGUGGUUCGUUCCACAAGAUGAAUGCAUAUUCAACACACUGCCUUAUUACAUAACUGAUCUAUUUAUUAUCAUAUACAGAUAUUCUAAAGUUGUUGAGGCAAUGACACCACCAGAUGUUGUAAGUGCUUGGUCCCGUGGAUGCUCUUUCAAUGCAACGCCCUUGCCAUCCCAAGCCCAGUGACCUUACUCGUAUUCUGUGCCACUUUCCACCAACUUUUCAAGUCCUUUAACUUGUUGCAGUCUGUAUUUUCCAACUUUGUUUUUUCUAGUUCCAGGACACAAAUUAUAAACUGGAGGGGAGGGAGGGGACCAAAUAGCCACCCUGAUUUUCUUCUUUGUGGUCUUUUUCCUGAAAGUUGGGGCCAGUCCUUGGCUGUAUCCAUGUAAUGAUCUUGGACCAUGGUAGAAAAUGCACCAAAUAGGAUCAUAUGAAUUGCUGUCUAGCCUUAGUCAAUAAACCUGUAGGGCUUUUAAACAAAAGUGUACCUGUAAGCGUCCUGAAUCCAGCAUCCUUGAGCUAUCAUCAUUCUUGUGUCUUUUACUGUUACAAUAUUAGAUAAAUAUGGAAGUAAAGGCAUUCCACAGGAUCAUCAUUUAAAAAAAGAAAUACUGGUCCUGUUUUCUAAAGAAAUGUAGAAAUUCUUAAUUUGGAUCUAUUUAUUAGAGUUUCAGCUUUCUUCAGCUGCCAGUGUGUUAUUCAUCUUUACCAUAAAACCUGGAAUAAGAGAUUUUUAUUUGUUUGAAUGUGAUCCUCUUAGACUCUUUUAUAUUUGAAAAAUUAAAAUCUUUCUUUGGGGGAAAAUUCUUGGUUAUUCUACCAUAACAGAUUAUGUAUUAACUUGUAGAGUCAGUGGUUUGAUACCUGUUUAGUCACUUGCUUAUGUUUCCAGAAGGAUUUCUUGUAUUGAUGAAAAUAAAGAUGGUUGGGGGGGGAGCGUAUUUUUGUUCUUGAUGUACCCUUGUUUUGAAACUAGAAAUCUGUCCUGUGGCAUGCAAAAGAAAGCAAAUUAUUUUUAAAAAGAAAGAAAGAAAAAAGUACUUUUCCUGUCAUUAUUCCAUACUCUCCAUAAAUGGAGAAAUGUAAAGUGAGAACAGCUCAUCUUGUAAGUUUUUACUAGGAACUCAACCAAAAACAAAAGAAAUGAAGACCUACUUCUGGAUCCAAAGGUUCGUUCACUGGAUCAGCCUUUUGAAAGUCUCUAUGUGUGCUAAUAGACCAGUAUCUCCCUUCCUUAUCCCUGCGCCAGAUGCUGUCUUUUCAUCCAGAGAUUAACUAGUGUCUGUACAGAAAAUGAUCUUUCCAGACCCGUUCUUUUGGGCAGUAAUGUAAAUGCAAACUGAUAAUGGAGUUAACUCUGCAUUUUAAAAAGGGGUUUUUACAGUUUCUUUCUAUCCAAAGAAACUUAUUUUUUCCUUUAAAAAUUAUAAUACAGCCAUGCUCCUUAUAAAUUUCUUCUCUGAAGUGUCCCAGAGGACAAGUGUAUUUUUUUUUCCAACAAUGUUCUGACUCUUGAUGGUGAUCGGCAUGAACCGUACUUGAAGUAUUAGUUUGUAGUCCAUUUCUCAAUGUGUAAUUUCAGAGAAACUUUGAGUCAUUUUGGACAUGAGGUGACUGCUAAAUUGUGUGGCUUUAGUUGUGCUUUGUUUUAAAUUUUACAGGUGGGAGGGGAGAGCAAUGUUUAUAUGGAAGUGUUCGCAAAAUUGAACAGCAGUCUUUAAAAAUUUCUAGCUACUAAUCCACAUAUUCUAAUUAAACCAGAAAGUUACUUGGUUUAACCAAAAUAUCUAUGUAAUUUAACUAGAAAUGUGUAUAUGUAGUUUGGGCCAUUUUUAUUUUUGUAACUAAAUUAUGUAGCAAAAUCUAUGCUUUGGCAAUAUAAAGGUUUUUUGUUUUGUUUUUUUUUCCCCCAACUUGCUAACCAAGAAAUUAUAUAACGUAAGAAAUGACCAAACAAAAAAGAUAACAAGAAAGGCAGCUAUUACAGUGAUGAAAUUUAGAUAAUAAAGCAGAUGUCUUGAGAAUAUCAAAAUAUAAGUUUGUAAAUUUUAUACCAAAAUUGGGGAAAAUUUACUAGUCUACUACUAUUCCUUGAGACAGCAAAAUGACUUUUCCAUGAGAUUCUGAUAGAGUAAGGGUCACACUGUUGAUAUUUUGAAGUUUUACUCUUCCUCUCGUUAUCUAAUUUUUAAAUGAAGAAAUAAAUCCAUUUUCAAUUGAUUUCAUAUAGUUACACUUCUCUUAAAGUAACUCAUUCAGUUCUGCCACGUUUCUAUAUGCUCACCUUUGAAAUCUGCUAAAAUAUAUUUUUAGUACAUGUAUCCUAACCGUGGCAUUGGUGUUUUAAGCACUAGGGGAAAAUGGCAGGGCUUAAUUUCUUUGGUGUGUGUACAUACAUAUAUAUAUAUAUGUUUCAAAGAAAAUUGAGUGAAUGUGAAUAUGGUUUGAAUCAGCCAGAGUAUAGUAAAUUUUCCUUAAAUCUUUCCAUAGUGAUUUGCAGAGAAAAAAAAAGAUUGUACAAAGCUUUUUCUCCUUAUAAACUAGCUUUUGCCUCUGGAUUUGCAUAAGGAUGUGUAUGAGGGGGAUCCUUUUAUCUUAGGGUAUAGCAGUCAUGUUAGCAACAAAAAUGUUCGCAGUUAUUUCAUAUCUUCAUUACAAUCCAUGUCUCUAUAUGUCUUCAUGUAGACAGAUAGGUACAUCUAUAUGUGCUUGCAUAUUGUGUUGACAUAAGGAAGAACAUAAAAACUUAAGAUCAGGAGACAACUCUAGGGGAAAAAAUCUCUUAAGAGAGGAUCUUAAAACAUUUUUAAAUCAGUAAAUUUUUAAAUCGGUAAGCAAAUCUCUCUAACCUGAGUACCCACCUUUAUGUGGAAAGAGCCAAUAAAAUUGGUGGUAUUCCACUAAAAAAAAAAAGAGUUCUGUUGACACAGACCCACCUAAUCUUUACAAAAGACUGUUUAAGCCUACAUAACAUCCGACACACUAUUGAGAGCCCCUCACGUGUAGUUAACAUACUUGUUUAAGAGAGACUUUACUCUUAAAUGUUUUAACUCUACCUACUUAAUGGAGUUGGAUGUUCAGUGUUAGAAAUGGUCAAUGUUUGUGUUUGGUGGCUUGUGUUCAUUUUUCGUACUAUAGAAGUGAUCAUCUCUGGGGUAAUUUGCUGUAUACUUAACCACUUUCCACCGUUAGCGUUGUGUACUAAUGCCAUGCACUGCUCCUAUAUAUAUAUGUGUAUAUAUAUGUAUAUAUACACAUAUAUAUACAUAUAUAUUAUCAGAAUAAUAUUGCUUUGGACUGUCACUAUAGAACUAUGACUGUGAUGUAGAGACUGCCACGGCUGCAGCCAAUGUUAAGGAGGCAAUUCCCUUGAUUUAGUUUAGUCUUGGCCUGCAGUCUACAUCUUUUGACCUCUUCUGUUUUAUAUGAUGUUUUUAAUUAUGUAGGCACUGCCAUCCUUGAAAAUUCCUUGUACAGAUACAUUGAAGAAGUCAAUUUAAAAGGAAGACAAAGCAACCGCUGUCUGUAAACUGUAAAUAUGUAUUUUGGCACUUGUACUCCAGUAUUCUGAAAAUAGAGUUCUGAUGGAAAUGCUGACAGAUCCUUAAUGGUGGCCGGAGCUACCAUGCAGUGCAAAAAUAAAUGAAGUAAAAAUGUAUUCUUGAGAUUAACAGCUCAAAACCAAUACGUUUUAUAAAUCUGUCAGUAUCUUUUUAAUGGAGUGUGUAUGUGUAGCUAUGGUGAAAGAUAUGCUGUGUAUGUGUGUACGUACAUGCUUUUAUGUAAACUAUGAAGCAGACGUAAGAUGUAUUUCCCAUUUCUAAAACCCAUGUUGAAAUGUAAGUAGAGAUUGACAGAAAUAGGUGUUUGACUUAAAUUGAUAUCUAACCGAUCAUGGCUCUAUUUUCUUUAUAAUGUAUAGACUUACUGAUUUAAGAGUAAUUACAUCACAGUUUGGCUUUGCUUUGCAUAGGAGGAAAAAUGAGCCCUUGUUUUUCUCAAGAAGUGAUGCUGGUCCUAAGGAAGAAUGAAUGGAGAGAUCAGAGGCAUCCAGAGAAGGAACAAUAUUCCCUAAGCCAGCUGAGGAGAGAGUCCAUGCCUCAUUCAUCUCUAGCACCAUUUUCUAGGUCCUAAAACUGGCACUUUUUUUUUUUUUAGGAUUUGCAGAGAUUGGGCAAGAGAUGGUGGGACACAGUCUUGGCAUAAACAUGAUUAAUUAUAAAAAAGUCUUUUUUCUUUUUCCCUCUAUUCCUUUGAAAAGUUUUGUUCAUGAGCUAAACAGUGUGCUAUUGGUAGACAGACUCAGUCCUACAAAGGCCUUGCAUCUACUCCACUUUAGCAACAAGAAAUGCUACCUUGACUAAAUAGAAAGGAAAAAAAAAAACUACUACAACACAGAGAAUAAAAUACAUUUGGUUUGGCAAAUAACUAAGGAAUAGGAUAUAAUAGCCUCCUUAAUAGUGAAGGGACUUUUACAUCAAAUUUGAGAAACGCCUUAUCUUCAGACUGACUGACCAUUUAGAGGAUCAUGGUGGAUUGCCUUGUAUCUUAUCAGCCAGAAGCUGAUACUAAGUGUGGAAGCAUCAGCCCGAGAUGGGUUUGGGUGGCAGUUAAGCUUUCUAAUGGCCACACUUGAAUUGGGCUAAUCUCUUCCCUUGUUUCAGCCCAAAUAUUGAUUGGUUUAUUUUAAAAUAAUGGCCUUGCAUUUUCUCCAGUAUGGAGAGAGGGUCAGGAUUAGCAUCUUGGGCCUGCUAAAGACAGCUCAGGAUGUUGUCCCAGAGAGAUGCACUCACACAAGAAGUGACUGCUCUACAUCGCUUUCCUCAACAUGUUUGCUCCACCACCUGUGAGAAUUGUGCCCCCCAAGGGUGGAUUAACCGGUAAUCAAGGUAUGCACGGGCUUGUGUUUACUUACUAAUCUGUAGGGCACAAUUUCAUCUGUUUUGCUGGUGAAAUUGUGCCCUACAGAUUAGUAAGUAAACACAGGUAAACCCAUGCAUACUUUGCUUAUUGAGUAAUCCACCCCUGGCCCACUUGGAUAUGCAAGGCGAUCUGGGAAGGUAUGGCAGCUCCACCAAGCCCUGUGCACGGCUUUUCCUCUGCUGUUGUUAAUUCAGGUAGAUAGUGUCCAAAACUAGUGCUCUUGUUUUUUCUGACAAGUGGAGCAACUUAGAGUAUUUUAUUGUUUCCUUGCCCGAGAUACCACCCAAAUAGAAAAUACUGAGCACAUUUCAAUGCUUGUGCUUUCUAUGCCAGGUAAUAGGAUCCACACCUUCCUGUUUAUGUACUCCCCUUCUUUAGAGGCAUUUCCAGUCUUUUCCAGAGGCUGUUAAAUUUUCCCGGGCUGUCAGCUUAGCCUCUUGGUCUUAAUUUCCGCUUAAUUAAAGAAGGGUAACCAAUAUGGUCCCCAAGGGCUAAUGAAAGAAAGA